AAAAAGAAUUGUGAGUCCACUACGGAGAUGUCCCGUAAUAAGAAGGUUUAAAAUGAAUAUUUUUAUAUGGACAGGACUACUACAACAACAGAGCUAUGACAAGUUUGCUUUAUUUUUAAUUUAUUUCUGGUUGCUCGUCUGCAGCUGUUACAGAACAAAGAAGAGUUUAAUAUAGGAGUGAAAGAGGCUAAACUACCGGAGCUUCAAAUAGACAGAAUGAACAGCCGUUCUGGCUGUAUUAUAAUUUAUCUCAGAUUAACUUCAUAAAAAACAGCCUUAAAGACUCAGACAUGACUUCAGGUAAUCGGCCUGCUGGAUUCGCACUGAAUACCAGGACUAUCGGAGACUAAACAUGGAUGUUUUUGUUGAAUCCGGACUACAGGCUGUUCUUAUCACCGCAGAGUCUGUUUCCCUCGGGGCUGAUUCUCUUCUCCUGCUCGACUUCCUGUGACACUUUUCCCUCCUACGUUGCUCCACAAGUCAGAUUGUACACGUAGCUGCUAGGACCGGCUGAGCGACUGCACAGGGACACGGUGUCUCCAGUCAUGUCCCGGUCCGUUCGGCGGUACAAGUCUCUGCAGCAGAGCACCGGCGGCGGCUCUCUGCCCGGCUGUGACCGGGUGCGGAUGCCCCGGGCCCGGUUGCUGCUGCUGUGUCUCCUCGGUGUGCUGGUGCUGGCGGUGGUGCUGGGAGUCUACCUGUCCAACGACACCGCAAGUAGAGAUGUGAACCGCAUGCCUGCAGCGGAUUUAACCAAAGACAGGCUGUCCCACAAACCCAGUAAGUGCUCUGCUGCUCAGAUCCGCCGUCUGGCCUCUCAGGUGGACGGCGCUCGCCUGUGGGAGACUCACCUGCGUCCCAUCCUAAUAGAAAGACUGCCGGGGACACAAGGCAGCCUGGCUGUACAGCAGCACAUCACCUCCACUCUGUCCUCGCUGUCUGCCGGCUGGUCCAUAGACCUGGACUCCUUUCAGUCCCCCACCCCCCGUGGCCAGGUCACCUUCACCAACGUCAUCGCCACUCUGGACCCGUCAGCCCCUCGGAGGCUGCUCCUGGCCUGCCACUAUGACUCCAAGGUCCUGCCCCCAGAUCCCCGCGCUCCAGAGAAGGUCUUUCUCGGGGCCAGUGACUCUGCAGUGCCCUGCGCUAUGAUCCUGGAGCUUGCCACCUCUCUGGAUGCUCAGCUUAGAUCAUUCAAACAGCAGAAAUUUCCAGUGUCUCUGCAGCUGGUGUUUUUUGACGGCGAGGAGUCAUUUGAAGAGUGGACCGCCACCGACUCCCUGUACGGCUCCCGUCACCUCGCCGAGCUCAUGGCGAAUACGCCUCACCCCGCAGCCUCCUCGCACGCCAACAUGCUCCAGGCUGUGGACCUCUUUGUGCUCCUAGACCUGCUCGGUGGUCCUGAUCCACUGAUUGCGAAUCAUUUCGAUAACACAGCUCGCUGGUUUGACCGCCUGAUUGCUGCAGAGAAAAGGCUCCAUCGACAGGGUCUCCUGAUGUCUCACCCCUCAGAGCAGACAUAUUUUAGGAAGGACGUGUAUCUUGGGCCUGUGCAGGACGAUCACAUCCCCUUCCUCCAUAAAGGGGUCCCCGUGCUGCACGUCAUCGCCACACCCUUCCCACAGUUCUGGCACACACUGGACGACACCGAGGAGAACAUGCACCGUCCGACGGUGGAGAACCUGACGAAGAUCAUGGCCGUGUUUGUGGCAGAAUACCUGGGCUUCUCAACCUAGAACACAAAUACCUGUGGCGAAGGAUUGAUCAGAAACGACCAGGCGCACAAGAGGUGGAGGAUCCUGGUUGAUAAUUUUCCGUUAGAGCAGCUGAACUUUACCAAAGACUUGUCUCUGCUGGACUGAUUCAUGUUACAGACGAGCUUUUUACUGUACUGGACUCUACUGUACGAGCUAAUCUUACCCGACGAGCAGCUGGGGGAAAAUGUCUGUGAAUUUAAAAGGACUUUAAAUUUUAGUUUUGAUCCUGUGAGGAAAAAAAUAAGCCUUAUUAGCCUUAUUAAUUAUUUUCCCCAUAAAUAUGAAUGAGAUGCACUUUGUUUUAAUCAGCUGAGCAGCAGUGAGACGGUGAUGGAUGGUUUGCUGAAGUCUGUGACAAUACUUACAAUCCUUGACGAGCCUCGGAUGUUGUUAAACGAACCUUAAUUCAAGAACAGUGCAAUGAAGUUAAAAUGACUUUAUUCAGUUUCUCUUACAGUUAUGUGACAUUCUGGGACGUCAAAAACACUGAUAAAUUCUGUGACAUCUUCGCAGCGUGGUCCUUUUCAACAAACUGUAAUUGUUACACAUGUCUCAGUGCGAUGGAGCGGAGAUCUACUGCAGGGUUUUACAUCACAUCUGUGAACUCAUCUGUUGAACUGGAUCCAGCCAUAUGAGUCUUACCUUUAAUGUCUGUCAUUUAUGGUGUUCUGUAUAUUUGUUCGAGUCACAGUGCAGUGUCUGUAAAGUCCGGUUUUGGUUAAUAAAAUUGACUUUACAUUAGA